AAGCACACCCCCCGCGGUCUCGAAAUAACCUUAUCUCAUUGAUCCUCAAAGGCUCCCAGCAUCUCUUCAACCGUUCCCCGUCGAGCCUUGGAUUCCCGUUCGAAACGACAUAGUUUCGACCGCUUCUCGCCAUGGAUCACAACAUGCAUUCGGGCUUUCAGAUGCCCAUCGCCCCCCCACCACUCAUGAACCCGCCCCCCCAGAUAUUCGGUGGCUACAACGAACAUGGGCUCCAAAUGCCCCAAUUACCACCUGACCUGAUGGCCGCGCAAAUGUUUGGGGAUCAUGGGUUGUUGGAAGAUACAAACGAAGCAAAGAGGAGGAGGAUAGCGAGGGCAUGCGAUAUGUGCAGGAAGAAGAAGAUCAAGUGCGACGGAAAGCUCCCGGCUUGUACGCACUGCAACAACUACAAGACGGACUGUGUCUUUACGCAGGUGGAAAAGAAGCGGAAUCCUCCCAAGGGGGCCAAGUACAUUGAGGGGCUUGAGAAUCGCUUGGGGCGCAUGGAGCACUUGUUGAGGUUAUCCGGUUUGCUCGGCGAAGACGACAAUGGCGCCACUGACCUUGGAACCCUGGAGAAGAAGCUUGUCGAGAAGCACCAGCAGUCGAGGCAAGCUUCCCAGGCGGUUUCCGAUCCGACCUCGCCCCCGCCAGUACCGGGUCAGGAGGCGGCUCGCGCCUCAACGCCUCAUAGUUCACUGGCAUCUCCCGAGCCCGCCAAAGACAGCGAUAAGAUGAGCUCUGUCACUCCGGAGAAAGACAGCCAAGAUGGCGAUCGAGAAGAGGUUGCUGAGCUCUCAGAGAUGAUGUGCUCACUAGUCACCAACACCAACGGGGAAACGCGAUAUAUCGGUUCAUCCUCGGGAUUCUCUAUCUUUUCGCCCAAGGGAGUGCAGUGGGUCAACGAGAAAAUGGGGGAUUCAUCAUUCCAGCAGAUGAUUUCGGAUGUUUCAAUUGACGAUCACAAGUGGACGGCUUGGAAGCCCGAUGUUUUCGGGGACCUCUUCCGCCGCACCGUCUUCAGGGACCUGCCCCCAAAGCCAGAGGCGCUGUCCUUGCUCAAGGACUACUUUGAGAACUUCAACUGCAUGUUUCCACUAUUCCACCAGCCCACCUUUAUGCACCUGGUGGAGCGGCAAUACUCGGAUGACCCCUACACAGGAUCCGGAUGGUGGGCAAGCCUGAACGUGGCUCUAGCCAUCGCGCACCGCUUGCGCGUGAUGAGCAACCUAGUCCCGCAAGAGGAGGAUGACAAGGCCUGGGCCUACAUCAAGAACGCCAUGGCUGUGUUUUCCGAGUUGGCGAUGCGCAACACCGACCUUCUCAGCGUCCAGGCCCUGCUAGGCAUGUCUCUCUUCAUGCAGGGGACCCCGAACCCGCAACCGUCAUUCCUCCUCAUCGCCACGGCGAUCCGGCUCUCGCACACCAUCGGCCUCCACAAGCGCGGGACAGGGUUCAACCUCAACCCCAUUGAGAUCGAGCAGCGGAAGCGGGUCUUUUGGAUAGCCUACAUGUUAGACAAGGAUUUGUGUCUUCGGUCGGGAAGGCCGCCUGCGCAGGACGACAACGACAUGAACGUCGAACUUCCUGAUGCUGACCCCGCGGAUGGCAUCGGCAACAUUCCAUUGGCGGAUGGGAAGGGCAAGAUGAACCUGUUCCGGGUUAUGUGCGAGCUCUCCAUUGUCGAAAGCAGAGUGUACACGAAAUUGUACUCGACGAAGGCAACGAAGCAAUCGGACGGCGAGUUGCUGAACACCAUCGGGGAGCUCGACAAGGAGCUAGAAGAUUGGAAGGACCGCAUCCCGAUCGACUUCCGCCCGGAACACGAGAUCAAAGCGUCACAUACACCCCUGAUCCUUCACAUCGUCAUGCUUCACUUCAACUACUACAACUGCCUGACCACAAUCCACCGCAUGUCGAUCCAUCACGGCUACUGGACCAGCCGCCUAUCCGAUUUUGCUAUUCAGGGGCUCAACGCGAGGCCACUGAACCCCCGCAUUUUCUCUUCGGCGGCAUUGUGUACCUCUGCUGCCAGAGCAUCGAUAUCUCUGCUCAAGUACAUCCCCCAGGGUGACUUCUCCUGCGUCUGGAUGGUGUUGUAUUUCCCAGUGUCUGCACUUGUCACAUUAUUUGGGCACAUUCUGCAAAAUCCCCUCGACCCCAGGGCACGCUCCGACACCAAACUAUUAAACGUGGUUGUCAACUUCUUGUCAAUGCUUGGCCACGAGGCGGAGACAGGCGGCGUCCACCGCAUGCUCGGCGUAUGCUCCGAGUUUGACCGGAUCGCCAAGGUCGUGAUCGACAAGGCAGAGAAGGACCACGCCUCGCGACGAAAGCGGAAGAACCAGGACCAGCCGCUGAGCAAAGCAGCAGCCAACGCCAACAACACCACCACCACAGCAGCCGACUCCCCCUCCUUCAACCCCAACCCGAUCCCGCCCACAUCCCGACCUACCACCGCGCGCUCCGCAACCCCGCAAGCAAACGGGAUGCACGCCGCCGCAAACAACAACAACAACAACAACAACAACCAGGGCCACCUCUCCCCGCCCCCCAACGACCGCCGCUCCCCGCCCACCGCAAACGGCUACAGCCCCAUGAACGGCACCAUGAGCCAGUCCCCCUCCCCGGGCCUCGCCCCGACCGGCUGGCACGGCGAGUUCACCCCGGACAGCUCCGACUACAACACCUUUGCCGACAUGGCCUCCUUUGGAAAUAUGGGAGGUGGCAUGGCGGGCGUGGAGACGACGGGUGGGCUGGGCAGUCCGCCACUGGCGGGCGCCGCGGGCGCCGCGCUGUUCCAGCAGCCGAUGCUGCCGCAGGAUUUGUUUAGUCUGCCGAUGACGCUGGAUUGGAAUUGGGCGGAGAUGAGCGGUGGCGCGUAUCCGAGCGUGGAGAAUGGGAAUUUUGGGGAUAUGGAUUUGAGUGGUGGUGGUGGGGGGAGUCAGGAUGGGCGGGGGCAGGGGCAGAGGUGAUGUUGGUGAGAUGAGAGGUUGUGUGUGUGGGGGUGUGG